AUGAUGGCGGCGGUGGGGCGCCCCGCGUUGUUUGUGGUGGCCGUCGUGCUGUGCUGCGUGUGUGGCUGUGCAGCGGCCACUGCUGUGGUUAUUGGCGACGUGGAGCAAGUGAUUGCUAACCUGCAGAAGGCGAAGGAGGAAGCGCUUGUCGCCCAGAAGGCAGUGAUUGACGCUAAGAGUAAGGUUGAAGCUGUAAAGAGUGAAGCGGAGCAAUUCAAGGUUAAUGCACAAACGGCGUCAGAAGCGGCGGACAGGCUAAAUGAGGAGGUGAAGCCAAAAAACAAUAUUGAGCAGAACAAUAUUGCUGAGGUAAAAAACUUGGCGAAUACCGCAAUGACCACGACGAGCACUUCUUACGCAUCCGUUGAGUUAAUCGUGGAGAAGGUUACUAAAGCAGUGGAAACAACGACUAAAGCAAAGGAGUUGUUCACGAAAGCACGGGAGACGGCUGGCGCCGCGGGGGGCGCGGGUGAAGGUAUCAGCAACGAAGCGAAGCUCGCACAGGAGAGAUUCAAUAAACUAUCAGAUGUUGUUACAGCAUUGACACAAGCUGAGAAAAGUGCUGGAGAAGCAAAAACGGCUGCGACGACGGAGAAAAAGAACGCUUUUAAUGCCAAGAAAAGUGCUGAGGAAGCGUUUGGUUUUUUCAAAGUGGAGACCACCGCAAUAUCGACACCUGACAUCGAGAAACUAAAGAAUGCCGCAAAAACAGCUGCUGACUUUGCAAAGGCUGCAAAGGGAGACGCGGGAAAAGCUUCCGUUGAUGCCGGUGAGACAACUACACAAGUUGAGAAAGCUGUCAAUAGCGCUAAGUUAUUGCUGAAAGAGAUCGACACUGCGGUAAAAGCUCUUAAAAAACGAGGGGAGGAACCUGAGGCUUCACCUUCAGAUGAUCAGCCUCCGUCACAUCCACCUGUGGAACCGUCACAGGACGAGUCACACAGCCAGAGUCUCCAACAGGAACCACUGGGCAGUUCUUCCACUGGUGGCAACCCUUCUGAUCAAGAGCAAGCGGGCACCACGGCAACCGACACAGCGCAGUCGUCAUCAGUACCAUCGGAGGAGAACAAGGACGCAAACUCCAUGAAGAGCAAUGUACACAACACCCUGAGUGAUGCCCCGAGUAGGGACAGCAGCUUCAGUCCUUUGUGGGUGCGUACACCCUUGUUGCUGGUGGUUGGUGUGCUGGGCCUCCUGGCUGUGUGCUGA